AUGACUGACAUAAAGUUAAAGACCUCUAAUAAUCGCUCAAGAACAAAUAGUGCUAAUGCACCUAUCGAUGCCGAUUUAAAACAAACAGAGAUCGCGAAAAGUAUAAAAUUACUUUCCGCGAAAAUUGUGUCAAUGGAGAAACAAAUAUCUGAAAAUUCAAAUCAAUUCUCCAUAAAUAUUAAAAAUCUUGAUGAAAGUGUUUCACUCUUUCAGGACGAAAGUUAUUGGCAAAUUAAAAUUAACUCUCACUUAAAAUUGGCCAAAAAGUAUUGUGAAUAUAUUCAUCUUAGUUACUCUUCGGCCGUGAAACAUGACAUUGAAUCAAGAUGUUGGAAAAUUGCGGUUUACUCAUUAAUUGAACAAUUUCGUCAAGCAAUUUCUUUGGAAAGACAUGAAGCUGAAAUGUUUUAUAAAAAAUUAUUAAAACUUAUUUCUGAAAAUUCGAGACUUAGUAAUAAGAAUUUGGAGAGCAAUAAACCUCCAAGGUGGAUACGUUGUAUAGGUUGUUUGGGGGACAUUGCUAGAUAUCAUUGGUCAUAUUGCUCGGAAGAUCAAGAAAAGAAUAAACAAUUCUGGGCAGAAAAUGCAUCUCGAUGGUAUCGUUUAGGGAUUCUGCUCAAAUCUAAUAAUGGAAAACUUUAUAAUCAUUUGGCUAUUCUCGCGGGACAAGAUGAAUUUAAAACGUUAUAUUAUUAUUGUAGAAGCCUUAUGGUUGAUACACCCUAUAUGGCCGCUCGUGAACCACUUAUUUGGUUAUUCGAAUCAAAUCGUAAACGUUUUGCAACCCUCGUAACAAGCAAUAAUAAACAAAAGCAAAAAAGCCGUACUUAUAUGCAACGUGAAACUUUACAUUCUUCAAAUAAACGAUGUGAUAAUCUGAAUAAUCAAUCAAUUGAGAACUUGUAUAUCAGAUUACAUGGAAUGCUUUUUACCAAAAUUGGUCUCGAAUUUUUUGAUCAGAUUUUAGAAAUAUUUAUAGAUAAAUUAUUCAGAUUGAAAGAUAUUCAGAGUUAUAAUGAUACAAAUGGGACAAGGUGGUUGGAAUUUUGCAUGCGAAUGGCGGUUAUUAAUAUAUCAAGCUUAUACAACUAUGGCAAUACCGAAAAUUCGUCUCUCAGGUUAACCACAUCAACUGAUAUGGAUUUUAAUCAAAUUCUAGAUUUAGAUCCAACAUUUGCUGAAGAAUCUAGGCUCACUUUUACU